CUUCGUACAACAUCUGUAGUAGUAGUGCGAGAAUCCGAGAUAGGUGAAAAGAAAAAAAAAUCGUGUGAACCCUGUAUUGAAAUUACGAAUUCAAUUCAGAGAAAAGGAAGUGAUGGUUAUGAACUCUUGGGUCAAUUAGUUCCUGGAGGUUUGGGGGUAACUGGGAAAGGUUUUUUUUUCUUGUUCUUCUUGAGGCAGUGAUUGAAGGUUGAUAUUAAGAGUUGGAAUACGAUUAAGGUGCCUUUGGAUUCAAUAGGCGGUUUACAGGGGUUAAGGCUUGAGCUGCGAAUAGAGAGACCGAGAAAGUAAAGGGUUUAAUUUGGGUUUAAACUGGCUAGGGUUUUUCAAGAUUCUUGAGGACAUAAUGGUUGAAGAGAAGAAGCACUCUGAUUCACAAUCAACCAUGGUCAAGAAAAUAGUGGUUCCAGGAGAUGUGGUGUUGGAUCUUUUAAAAUUAUCAAACCAAACCAUAAAAUUAGGUGAUGGAUUACGACAGUAUGUGCCGUGUGUAGAGAAUACAGUUCUUGGUAUUGUGCUAGACUCUAAGGCAGAUAACUUUCUGGUAGACAUAAAAGGUCCUGCAGUGGCAUUUUUACCCGUUCUUGCAUUUGAAGGAGGAACAAGAAGAAACAUACCAAAGUUUGAGCCUGCUUCUUUGAUCUAUGUUCGGGUGGUCAAAGCCAAUAUGGGAAUGAAUCCAGAGCUCUCCUGUACAGAUGGUAUAUUAUCUCUAGUAGAUUCACCUCUAAUGUUCGAGCUUGUGGCUUUCUGUUUCAUGUUAUACGAGUAUCAGUUUGGGAACUCCAUAUUUUAUAGUAAUUUUUGUCAAUAACACCUUUUUGAAAAUCAUCUUCUGGUUCCCUUUAAAUAAAUAGUCAACGGGAAAGCUGCGGAAGUUGGCGCUUUAAAAGCUGGCUACAUGUUUGAAACAUCAACCGGUUUAUCGCGAAUGUGAGUUCUAGCAGCCUCAGUAAUAGUAAUAGCCUCACGUUUUCUUAUUGGAUGAUACCAAGUUUACUUACGAUUAACUUUAUCAUUUUUGUUUCGUCUUCAUUAAACUGCUCCGUACUGCUCCGUACUCCAACUUGUCCAGUUCUCGAGUCUCUUGGGAAGAAGUUGUCCUUUGAGAUUGCAGUUGGAUUAAAUGGUCGUGUCUGGGUACUACUCUUGAAACCUAUUUUAU